GAUUUGACCCGUUUUGCCGGAACUUAAUUCUUUCAAACACCAACGUAAACCUUCUGCCUGCCGGUUUCGCUGUACUCUCCCACCAUCCCUCUUCUUUUUGCUAGGGUUAGGGUUAGAAUUGGGUUAUCCAGGCUCUGUGUAUGCGUGUUCUCUAGGGUUUCGAUUCCAUCAAAAUGGCAAAUCGUACGGACCCAGCAGCGAAGAGCAUAAGGGGAACGAACCCACAGAACCUUGUGGAGAAGAUACUGAGGUCAAAGAUAUACCAGAACACGUACUGGAAGGAGCAGUGCUUCGGCUUGACUGCUGAGACCCUGGUGGACAAGGCCAUGGAGCUCGACCAUCUCGGCGGCACAUUUGGUGGCAACCGCACUCCUACGCCCUUCAUGUGCCUCAUCAUGAAGAUGCUCCAGAUCCAGCCAGAGAAGGACAUCGUGGUCGAGUUCAUCAAGAACGAAGACUACAAAUAUGUCCGGGUGCUUGGUGCCUUCUAUUUGCGUCUUACUGGAUCAGAUAUAGAUGUGUACCGGUACCUAGAGCCUCUAUACAAUGAUUACCGAAAAUUGAGACAAAAACUAGCUGAUGGACUGUUUUCUUUGACACACGUGGAUAUGGUUAUUGAUGAACUCUUGACAAAAGAUUAUUCUUGUGACGUUGCGUUGCCACGCAUCAAGAAAAGAUGGACUCUGGAAUCGAUUGGGACACUGGAACCUAGGAAAAGUGCUUUGGAAGAUGACUUUGAGGAGGAGGAAAAGGAGGAGGAUGACCAAAUUAUGGCUGAAUUAGAUGAUGGGCCUCAUGAAAAGGAUUAUUAUCGUGGGCGAAGUCCAACAAGGGAACGGGAUAGAGACAGAAAACGUGACAGCUACAGAUAUAGGGACCGGGACUAUGACAGGGAACGUGGAAGAGGGCGAGACAGAGAUAGAGACCGGGGUCGGGAUCGGGAACGGGACCGAGACCGCGACCGGGAUAGGGAUAGGGACAGGGAAAGAGAUAGGGACCGUUAUCGUCUUAGAGAAGAGAAGGACCGGGAAAGGGAGAGAGAAGGUCGGGAGCGGGACAGACGAGAAAGGGACCGUGGCAGGCGUAGGAGUUAUUCAAGGAGCCGAAGUAGGAGCCGAGACCGCAAGGACCGUGAGGGUGGGGAUUACCGCAAGAGGCAUGCCCGCAGCAGUACUAGCCCUAGAAGGCGUGGGGAGGGAGCCGAGGAUGGCUAUGUGCGUGAAGAGCCUAAAAAGAAGAAAGAACGGAAGGAGAAGAAGGAUGAUGGGACGGACCAUCCAGAUCCCGAAAUUGCGGAAGCAAACAGGCUCCGGGCAUCCCUUGGGUUGAAACCAUUGAAGGUCUAGUGAAAUGAGUUUUUGCUGGGUAUUGUUUUUUUCCCCUGCUCUAGUACAUCAUGAUGGAUGGGGUUUCAGAUUCUUGAUUGAUGUCUACUGGUGCUGCAGUGCUUGUAAAUGUAGAGUACCCCAUCCAACUUUGUUUUGUAUUGGAUGGAUGUAGGUGUGCCCCUACUUUAAUCUUGCAAAUUCUAAUCUGAAAGUGAUCUGCUGUUUGUGGUGGGAGCUUGCCUGGAAA